CGUCAACGUUCAGAUGUGACUGCCGUCCUUCACACGCGCGCACCUCAGCAAGCGGGGCCGCUUGCAUGCAGGAAGGGCCGACGGGCCGCUACUGAUAAAAAUGACACCCCCAAGAAGAAAGCACGCGCAGCUGCAGCCUGUGACAUCCUCGCCGACAAUCGCAUUCGAACAAGAGGAGGAAGAUGCCGUGAAUGGGGAUGCGUCGGAUUCGGGAUCCGUGUACGAAGACGCGGUAGAUGCUCCAAUACCGCAUCUGAUUAGUGACCUUGUCGAAUGGUCGAAAGACAACGACCACAACAUGGGCGCCGAGCAAUCCCACGAGGCGAUCAACGACGGCAUUCGCGCCACUUCGACCAGGCUGCAAGCGCGCACUGGAGAGCCGAUCAAGCCCACGACAGGGAAGUUGAAGGCUGUAUCGCGCGCGAAACCCAACGCUUCGCAGAGGAAGUUGGCGGCGACUAUCCAGAAACAGAACUUACCAAAGAACGCGAUAUCUCCAAGGAAGCCCAGGCAGAAGAAGGCGGCGGUCGCAGACGCGCAAGAGGCGGCGGAGGCAGGGGACGAUGUAGAGCAGGGCAACGCGAGAUCACGACGCAGUCAGAGGGUCCAGGAGGAGAAGCAGGCCGCUACUGUUGUUGCUGCUCAAGACGAUGCGCAUGCCGUCACACAACCCGCGACGAAGCCUACGGAGGGGCCGCCCAAAAGAGGGAGGGGCAGACCAAGGAAGCAGGCAAAGACGGUCCCCGCCAAUGAGCCCAGCGCUACAGAAAAGGCUGGCCCUGCACAAGGGUCGGCCAGCAGCGAAGUUGAGCCGAUAGUUCCGGACAAAGUCCAUUACAACGAGUUGUUUGUCGGUUCAGAACCUUCGAGCGAUGAGAAGGACGCGGACUCUUCUUCUGCAGAGGAAUCGGACGACUCUCCGCCGCGAGGAACGAAGCGAAAACGUGCAUUUCACGAGGAAGAACAAGACGAAGAAGCAGAAGAAGUCCCAGCGGAGGUGACUGAGGCAGAUCGCGAAAGACUUUAUUGGCAAUGGCUGCCUCUGCAACGGAUUUUCGAGAACGUGAAGUGGGUUGGAUGCAACACCAAGGACGGCGAACGACAACCACAGCAUAGACUGAAGCAGAAGGAUCGACAGGUCAAGAUCGUACUGGGACUGUGCAACGAUGCGAUGCAGCGCUACACCCACCUCAGAGAUCACUCCGGCACUCUCGAGAACGGGGAAGACCCAGCCCCAGUGCUCAGAGACAUUUCCGAAAAAGUCGACGACUUGCGCGGAGCCAACAGGGAGCAUCUGCCGGAUUUCACAAAUCGGAAACAGGCCACUGAGAUUUACUUCCACCUCAUUCCUACGCUCGUCAAGCUUCUUCAACACGCCAUAGACUGUUAUCUCGCCAUGGACAACGACAACAUGGCGCCCGGUCAGAUCACCAUUGGCCGACUGCGCAUCGUGAUGAACAUGAUUGAGAUGAUCCUUGAACUGGCAGCCGCAGCGAAGAGAAAAUACAUCCGGCCUUUGCCGGUGUACUGCGUGGUCGACCCAGUACACAACGGCCUCGCGGUCCCCCUGCGAAACGUCCUCGAAGCCUUCAAACGGGAUAUCGAACGCCACGGCCUGGCAGUACGACGUCAAAAGCGAAGCGAAGAAGAAGCCCGCCAGCGCGCCUUACAAUUAGAGCAGAAAGAACGUCAGGACAGCCAGCGAACGCGCAUCCGACAGCUGCAGGACAAAUGGGUGCGCUUGCAUAACGAACGCUGGGCCGCCGAGCCGGAUUUCAAGAGCGUGCAGAAGAUGAACCACUUGGAGAUCCCUUCCAACUUGCAUCGUGAGUACGAUCAUAAUGGCGAGGUCUUCUCCCGACAGCAGGUCUUUGUGCCCCGCGUCGGGCCGCCUCCGGGCUUCAUCGAUGCCGCGGCGGAAGUCGAGUGGACGCAGACGGAGCUGCUCGCGCUGUGCGAUGGGCUGCAGGAGUAUGCCGGCGAGCGGGUAUUGGAGAGGACGAUUCGAAGGUAUUGCGGGAGGGGGAAAGCUCUGAAUCGCUUUAGUGUUACGGAGCUUGUCACCACCGCAGCUGCGAUGAGGGAGAGUCUGAUUGCUGCACAACAGGCAGAGGGCGAAGAGGUGGAGAAGUGGGUGUUGGACAUCCCGGUUUGGACUAAAGGGCCGGCGGCGCUUGGAAAGGAGAAUGAGGAUGGUGAUCGGUUGUGAUCAGGGCGGCGCAGGUUUUAAUAUGAUACCCAUUGGCACUUGCUAUACGACAUUAACUAAUUCACAGCCCGGGUGCUGUGUACUCCUCGUCCCGCGAGUGAACUGUCUCUAUGCUUUCUCCAGACCGUUCUUGAGGGCUUAGUGUCAUCAAUGUGUCCUCUUGACUCUCUU